UGCUUGCAGUCUGGUGGCACGAGGCUCGUGGUCGGAUCUGCAGUGCAGUGCUAUUCGCCCUUCUGCACUGCAGUUCGCCAGCAGAUGUGUUGACCCAUCCAAGAUCAACUGCACCCCCUCCACCACCAUCUUUGGAGCCAGCAGGUCCCGGGAUCCGACGAGCCGCCCUCGCAUUUGUCGCCCUCCCUGUGGACACCCUUUCCGCCGACGAGUUGCACCUCCGCGGCGGCCGGCGGCCCCGUCUCCGCUGGUCGCUGGAGCAGUCCAUAUGCACCCCCACCCGACCAAGAUUUUGGUUGCUGUCCCAUGGGCGCACAUGUGCAGUGCUUGUGGGUUAGACAUACAGUGCACCGGCGUCACUGGCUUGCAUUUCAGGGACCAAAUUGUGGAUUUAUUUUUGAAGUCCCACAUCAAUGUAAUUUGUAUGUGUUUGUACUAUAUGGAUUAUAAAGAGCAGCAUUGCAAGCAGCAUUGCAGCCCCGUCUUGUAGCCCAUAGAUGCACCAGUCAUAGCUCUCCCAGAAACGUGCAUUGAAGAAAACAAACAGUACUUCUUUUGAAAUGGAGCUCACUUGCUUGA